AUGAUUCUCCCCUCACCGCGCAUCAAGCGCCUGCUUAUCCUCGUCUUUUUCUCCUUCCUGAUCGGCAAUGCCUUGCUGUACCUGCUCCUGCCGUACGACAACCCGCUCGUCCUGGCCUUCCGCUUCAACUUUUCGGGGUUGCAGCUCUGGUUUCGGGGGUCGGGCGUCGAGAAGGACGCCUGGCUGUACAAGCCGGCCAAGUACCCCAUCGAGUACGAUACCGACGUGGGGCUGCUGAUCAAGACCGGCUACGGCACCCGGCACCGCCUUGCGGCGCAGCUCGAGGCGUUGGGCCUCACGGCGGAAGACGCCAGCUCUUUUGUCGUCGUGGGCGACUGGACGCCGCGUGGCGGCGGCAAGAUGGCAGGCGUCGACGUCCACGAUGCCAUUGGCGGAGUCAUGGCCAUGCCCGAGAUGAGAUCCCACCACGAUGCGCCCACGUUCAAGACGUACCUAGCCCUCAAGGAGGCCGUCCAGGACGGCGACGACGCCAAGGCGACGGAGGUCGGCAAGAGAUUCGGGUGGGAUCUUGAUGCGCUCAAGUUCAUCUGGGGCCUCGAGUACGUCUACGACAACCUCCCGCCGAAGAAGUGGUACGUCAUCCUCGACGACGACACCUACCUCGUCAGGUCGUCUCUGCGGCUCCUGCUGGCACACUGGAACUGGGAUACGCCGCAGUACAUCGGUAACGCCGUGGGCGACUUCAAGGGGCGCUUCGCGCACGGCGGGUCGGCGGUGGUCAUCUCGCACGAGGCGGCCAGGCAGCUGCUCUCGCGGCGAGACGUCGUGGCCGAGAUGCAGGAGCACUCGCUCGACGAGACGUGGGGCGACAAGCUGAUCGCGGCGGCGUUACAGAAGAUUGGCGUCUACCUCGAUGAGAGGUACAGCCACUACUUUAACGGCGAGAGGCCCAGCAUCUCCAAGAUCAUGGCGGACCGGUUCUGCUCGCCGCUGGUCUCGUUUCACGGCGUGGCGGACCCGGAGGAGAUGAAGAGGAUUGGGGCCGCGUUCCGGGACGAGAGGAGUCCUGUGUUCUGGGGACAGCUCUGGGAGAUUUACGGCGCACCGUCGAUAGGGGACUUUAAGCGGUCUCCGAUCCGGGCAGACCGGGAUUUCGUGGGGAGGACGGACGAGCGGGCAAGAGUGCUGCCGGCGACGGAAAGCGGGGAGGCAUGCCUGGAAGAAUGCGAGGCUCUGGCGGACAAGUGCAUGGCGUGGACGUGGGUCGAGCAGAGCAGAGAGUGCAGACUGAGCCCGUGGAUGAUCCUAGGGGAACCGGUCCAGGGCCACUUCUCGGGUAUCAACGUGGAAGAGGUCGAAAAGCUGCAGGCACUUUGCUGA